AUGUCGAGAGGGAGAACAUGCAAGCCUACAUAUUCCAUACUAGAAAGAGGAGAGGAGGCGGAGAACGUUGGCCUGUCAGAAAGGAAAGCACCAGACGCUAUACCAAACCCAAGAAAGCGAAAAUCAACAUCAGCGAACAACAAAACAGUGGAUGAAACGGUAGUCGACGAAUCAGUCUAUUUCGCGUCAACUACGAUCGGUUCAACAUUCAUCUCCGGAACUCUGUGA